AACUAUCGUUGGAAGCAUAGUUUGGAUUUUAGAAAGAAAACUUUUUCGUGAGUCGAUAAGAGCCUCUGUCAGUGAUCCUUUUAGUUUCUCGGGGUUAAUUAACAGGAUUACGGUUCUGUUUAAUUGAUUGAUUAACUUAAUUGCACGCUAAAAUACCACGUCAUAGGAGUCGUUUUCUUGUCAUGAAUCAAUUAGCGAAGAGUCACUUGAUUUAUUUGUGUUGUCGUCCUCGCACGCGCACGACGUUCUGUUACACUUUCAAAACUACGCAAUGGUUUCUCAAAGGUACCAUACCCCAUUCUGCUCCAAGAACUGCAAGAUCGAGCACCACGAUCUGGUCACUGUCCUCUGCUUGGACAGCUCGCAAAAAUCCGACGAGCUGCCGGACUUGUUGAGGGAAUGCAUCGAGUCAUACAGGAAUUGGGAUCACAACAGCGAAGUGCCUGAUCCCCUAGAGGAGCUACGGUGUCCCCUGAUGUACCUCGCCUCCGCGUUUGGCAAGGCGGGGUUAGUAAAAGCCCUCCUACAAGACGGCUUUGACGUACAUGCGGUGACAUCAAAUGGCGAGACCGCACUACACGGAGCCGUGCAAUACAUUUACCGCACGGGUUCUCUGAAAACCCAGGGGUUAAAAGUCGCCGCCACUCUAGGGCCUAUCAAAAACAGGAGGAGAGCAUUCGAGCGAAUCCUGGUCACCCUGACUGAUGUUGAUCCCAAGAUUAUGUUCGUCCAAGACAACGACGGGGAUACAGCUUUUCACAUCACGGCGGAAAACAUUUGGAAUGAUCGACAAAAUGAUCGACUGGGGAAGAGUGCGACAUUUUUUCAGUCCUGCAUGAGUAGCAUGUUAAAUCGAAUGUUAGAGCUGGAAGAAGCCGGAGAAAUAACCAGGGUGGAGAUUUUAGAAGCCUUGAACACGGCAAACAACGACGGAGAUACAAUUUUCCACAUAUUGGCGCGGGAUUAUGCGUUUGGUUUCAAGACCAUGAAAGAAAUUCUGAAAAAAUUCUUUCCGGGUCAAGUGCCUUCCAAAGUGAAUAAGGAGAAUGAAACCGUAUCGAGCAUCGCGUUGGAGCGAAAUCGUAAGAAGGCAAUGCAGGUUUUUCCGGAGUUCCUCGAGCAAAGUAAGUGAUACGAAGAAAUGAAUAAUAGCUCAAUUCUCUUUCUGUUGGCUUGAAGGACAUAACGAAUGCUACCGUUUCCCACCCAAUCGA